GCCCCGGGUGGAGAGGAGGACGCGAGGAGGCCGCGCCGAGGCCAGGCGGCGAGCUCUGAAGCCCGGAGACCCGGGCCGCGGCACAGCUCCCACAUGGCCUCCGGAGGGGGCGCGGCCUUCGAGGAGCUGCCGCACGACGGCACGUGUGAUGAGUGCGAGCCCGACGAGGCUCCGGGAGCCGAGGAAGUGUGCCGGGAAUGCGGCUUCUGCAACUGCUGCCGCCGCCACGCGGAGGCGCACGGGCAGAAGUUCCCCGGGCACCACCUGGCCGAGUACGUCCACGGAGCCGCCCAGGCCUGGACCCCGGGAGCCCGGGGGGAUGGGGCGGGAGAGGAAGAAGUCGAGGCCCAGGUAGAGAACGAGAAGGCCCUAGAAAGCAAGGCGGGGGAAGAGAGCGAGUCCGAGGAAGACUGUGAGUCCGAAGAAGAGAGUCAGACGGAGGAGGAGAGCGAGGACGAGAGUGAGGAAGACAGUGAGGAAGAAAUGGAGGAUGAGCAAGAGAGCGAAGCAGAGGAAGACAACCAGGAGGAAGGAGAAUCGGAGGCCGAGGGAGAAACUGAGGCAGAAAGCGAAUUUGACCCAGAAAUAGAAAUGGAAGCGGAGAGAGUGGCCAAGAGGAAGUGUCCGGACCAUGGGCUCGAUCUGAGUACCUAUUGCCAGGAAGAUAAGCAGCUCAUCUGCGUCCUGUGCCCAGUCAUUGGGGCACACCAGGGCCACCAGCUCUCCACCCUAGACGAAGCCUUCGAAGAACUAAGAAGCAAAGAUUCAGGCGGACUGAAGGCGGCUAUGAUAGAGUUGGUGGAAAGGUUAAAGUUCAAGAGCUCAGACCCUAAAGUAACCCGGGACCAGAUGAAGGUGUUUAUACAGCAGGAAUUUAAGAAAGUUCAAAAAGUGAUUGCUGAUGAGGAGCAGAAGGCCCUUCAUUUAGUGGACAUCCAGGAAGCAAUGGCCACGGCUCAUGUGACUGAGAUCCUGGCAGACAUCCAGUCCCAUAUGGAUAGAUUGAUGACUCAGAUGGCCCAAGCCAAGGAACAACUUGAUACCUCUAAUGAAUCAGCUGAGCCAAAGGCAGAGGGCGACGAGGAAGGACCCAGUGGUCAUGGAGCCAACCGUGCGCCAGGGGACUCUCCUGAGCGCCAGAAUGACAUUUAUUGGGAGCCCUGGGAUGUCGCAAGAGUGAAGUUAACGGACAGCAAAGGCCAGAAGGCUGGAGCAGAGCGCUUCGGAGUUCACUCCGGGAGGCGAAUGGCGCCGCGCUACGUCGCACACAAACGCAAGGCACAAGUUCGGGGCUUGGUGCAGCCCGUGAGGUCACAGUAA